AUGGAAAAUAAAACAUUUUUAAGUGCGAUGCUUUAUUUUCAUAAAGUUGUAUUUAAGGAGCAAUAUGAUCCUUUUAUGGUACUUGCUCACGUUUGUCUUUUGAAGGAAAAAUUCAUCAUCAGCAAUGUUGCUGAAGAAGUUAAAGAAAUAUUACCAUUGAAUCAACGUACACCUCAAAAUUUACAAGUAUGUUACAAGAAAGGUGAUAUUUAUAUGGCUGUUAUGUAUGCGAUUGAUCAAAAAGAUUUCUAUAUGACUUUAAAAAUCAAUGAAAGAAAAUCGUCUCCUAAGCUUCUACAUACAGCUAAUUAUAUUAAUGAAGGAAAAUUCUAUGAUGAAGAAGAAUUAAUGAAAAUAAAACUUGAAGAAGAAAGUGGAAUAAAUAUUCAUUGUAUCGAUUCAAAUGGAUGGUCAAUUGGUGAUAAUAAUAAUACUAUUUCAACAAAAAAAAAAACAACAAAUACAUUUAUGAAUGAAAUAGAUGAAAAUGAUAACACACUAUGUGGAAAUCAACGUGUUACAGUACCAUUAACAAUAACAAUGUUAAUUAUUGCAGCAUUUAUAUGGAUUGGUUCAGCAAUAUUCAAUAGUUUUGAACAAUGGUCUAUGACUCAAGCGGGAUAUUUUCGUUUUAUUACAGUAGGUAUAGAGAAUAUUAAACAUAGAAUAUGA